CCUGCAACUCUCUCAGAGAAAACCCAUGAAACACAUUGAACCAUGACCUUACAGCUUAAAACCAAAGCUCGACUCUUUGACCUGCACUGCUCUGUGGGCCUGACGGACUGGGACAUGGACAAGGAGCUGAAACUGGUAACAACCACAGACCAGUUUUACCAUGAUGACAAACUGAAUGAUCAGUACGUGGUCCAGAGGCCUUCUGCAAGAGCCUCAAGAAGAAAAGAUGAAUUCAUUUGGUACGAUAAAACAUCAGACACCUUUGUGAAGCCAAACCUGUGGCUGUUAGUGAAUCCAAACAUCGCCUGCCCGAUCCAGUACGGCACAGCAGAUCUACAGAAUCUCUCUGCACCCGCAGAGGGAAUCCAAACCCCUCUACUGGACCCUGCAGAGACCCAGCGUCAGCUUACCACAGAGCUCCACAUGUUUGCCCCCCAUGAUGCUCCUCUCCGUGAGGAACUGCUGCGCUCUGUUUCCACCUCCACUGAAAUCAGGAACGAAGACAUCUCCUGCCGACCUGCCAAGAACAGAUGCAAGGGACGGACAACGAAAGCCAGGGACAGUAAGACCCUGAAGCCAGGAUGCUGGCCUCGUCCACCAGUGAAUUACUGCAUCCUCAUCUCCUUGGCACUCAAGAGCAGCCAUACUGGGAGCCUCAAAGUCCAGCAGAUUUAUCACUUCACCAGAGAGCACUUCCCCUUCUUUCAGACAGCUCCGGACGGCUGGAAAAACACUAUCCGACACAACCUUUGCUUCAACAACAGCUUCCGCAAAACCUGCAACCAGCUGUGCAGAGAUGGCAAGAGGAAGUCGUGCUUUUGGCACCUGACUCUGGACGGCCAGCGCCGCCUAAAGGAUGAGAUUCGCACAUUGACAGGAGAAUCCUUUAAGCAGCUGCAGAGGAGCAUGUCCCACCCAGAUCUAAUACGAAAUUUACUUGCACUGUGAUUGCAGCUGUAAACGUGUAAACGUUUACUUUAAACUAAUGCAUAAUAAAACUUUAUAUGCUGAACGUUUCUUCUGUUA